GUCACUCUUGGUCGUCGUCUUCUUCAUCUUCUUUCUUUCCACAAAGCUACUUUCGUUUUGGAUACUAUAUCCAUUGGAAAUUGAUCGCAUAAACCCUUAUUGUACUCAAUUAUUCGAAGGAAAACGACUUGUUGAUUGUCUUGUUUUUGGCUGACUCAGUGUCAAACUGAAUAGCAUUGCAACGACAAACAAAGGAAUUUCGUUUCGUUUGAUCGGGGAUCUUAUUCUAAACAUUCGUUUUCUUGUUUUUUUUUGAUUUCAUAUAUAGAGGUGUCUGGAGAAAUAGUGAGUUUUGUCGUCGGGAAUGGCGGAUUUUCGAGUUUGUUUGCUGUUAAGUGUACUCUUUGUUGCUGGAUUGUGUGUGGAAUCGAAGUAUAUGAUUUACAAUACUUCACAGGGGGUUGUGAAGGGGAAGCUUAAUGUUCAUUUGGUACCGCAUACACACGACGAUGUUGGUUGGUUGAAGACUGUUGACCAGUACUAUGUUGGAUCCAAUAACUCUAUUCAGGGAGCAUGCGUUCAAAACGUGCUUGAUUCCUUGGUUCCAGCAUUGUUGGCUGAUAAGAAUCGGAAGUUCAUUUAUGUUGAACAGGCAUUUUUCCAGCGCUGGUGGAGGGACCAGAGUGAGGCAACCCAAGCUACGGUCAAACGCUUUGUUAGAUCGGGACAACUUGAGUUGAUAAAUGGGGGAUGGUGCAUGCAUGAUGAAGCAGCCCCACAUUAUAUUGAUAUGAUUGAUCAGACGACGUUGGGGCAUAAAUUUAUUAAAGAGCAAUUCAAUGUAACACCGAGGAUUGGUUGGCAGAUAGACCCAUUUGGACAUUCGGCAGUGCAGGCUUACCUAUUGGGGGCUGAGGUUGGAUUUGAUUCUCUUUUCUUUGGGCGAAUUGAUUACCAAGACAGAGCUAAGAGAAAAGAUGAAAAACAUCUCGAAGUUAUCUGGCGGGGUUCCAAGAGUCUUGGUUCGUCUUCACAGAUUUUUGCUGGUGCUUUCCCUGAGAAUUACGAACCUCCAAGUGGUUUCUACUUUGAAGUCAAUGAUGAUUCUCCCAUUGUUCAGGAUGACAUCACUUUGUUUGACUACAACGUCCAAGAGCGGGUUAGUGAUUUUGUGGCUGCGGCCUUGUCACAGGCAAAUAUUACUCGCUCAAAUCAUGUAAUGUGGACGAUGGGGACGGACUUCAAAUAUCAGUAUGCAGAGUCAUGGUUUCGGAAUAUGGACAAGUUAAUUCAUUAUGUCAAUCAAGAUGGUCGUGUCAAUGCUCUCUAUUCGACGCCAUCUAUUUACACUGAUGCUAAACAUGCUGAGACUGACUCCUGGCCUCUCAAAGAAGACGACUAUUUUCCAUAUGCAAGCGACGUAGAUGCCUACUGGACAGGAUACUUUACUAGUAGGGCAGCUCUCAAGGGAUAUGUCAGAAUGUUGAGCGGCUAUUAUCUGGCAGCAAGGCAAUUGGAGGUAAUGAAGGGAAGGAAUAAAGCAGGGCCCACUACGGACUCUUUGGGUGAUGCUUUAGCGAUCGCUCAACAUCAUGAUGCUGUUAGUGGUACUUCGCAACAACAUGUGGCAAAUGAUUAUGCAAAACGGCUGUCAAUAGGUCACAAGGAGGCCAAAGCGGUGGUUGCCGAUUCAAUAGCUUGCAUGGUAUCAUCAAAAUCUGGAUGUGCAAGUUCAGCUGCUAAUUUUCAAGAGUGUCCGCUUCUGAACAUAAGCUAUUGCCCUUCAUCUGAGGCCGAUCUAUCUUCUGGCAAAAAGUUGGUGGUUGUUGUCUACAAUUCCCUGGGGUGGAAGAGAUAUGAUGUUAUAAGACUUCCGGUUGUGAGUGAGAAUAUUGCCGUCUACGACUCCAACGGAAAACAAGUUGAAUCUCAACUUCUCCCUGUUCUAAAUGAAUCUAUAGCCCUAAGAAACUACUACACAACUGCAUAUACGGGUAAAUCACCAAGUUCAACUCCCAAGUAUUCGCUUGCAUUUACAGCAUCUGUUCCGCCUCUGGGUUUUAGCACAUAUGUGAUUGUGAGCACAAAAAGGCCAGCUUCAAAUUUUGUAAAAGACGCAUUAUACAAGUCUACCAUGACAGGAAAAGAUCUCAUAGAAGUAGGCACAGGAAAUUUGAAGUUAAUCUAUUCUGGAAGUGAAGGAAAACUCACUCAUUAUGUUAAUAGUCGAAGCUCUAUUGAAUCCUCUGUGAAGCAAUCAUAUAGCUAUUAUGCUGGAUUUGAUGGCACCACGGGGGAGCAGGCAUCUGGAGCAUAUAUUUUCCGUCCAAAUGGUACAUACCCUAUUGGUUCUCAGGAGGAGACUCCUAUAACAGUUUUGAGGGGGACGAUAUAUGAAGAAGUACAUCAGAAAAUAAAUCCAUGGAUUUACCAGAUCACUAGAGUGUACAAGAAUAAGGAACAUGCUGAAGUCGAAUUUACUGUUGGUCCCAUACCUAUUGAAGAUGGAGUUGGGAAAGAGAUUGUAACUCAGAUCACAACCACCAUAAAUAGCAAUAAAACAUUUUACUCAGAUUCUAAUGGGCGUGAUUUCCUUCAACGGAUUCGAGACUAUAGAGCUGACUGGGAUCUUGAAGUGAAUCAGCCUAUUGCAGGAAAUUAUUAUCCUAUCAAUCUUGGAAUUUACUUGAAAGAUCACAGAAGUGAGUUCUCGAUCUUGGUAGAUAGAUCCGUAGGUGGGUCCAGCAUUGUUGAUGGGCAACUGGAGUUGAUGCUCCAUAGGAGAUUGCUGUAUGAUGAUGGAAAGGGUGUUGCAGAGGCACUAAAUGAAACAGUUUGUGUUGGCAACGACUGUAGAGGAUUAGCUAUCCAAGGGAAAUACUAUCUUAGAAUCGAUCCGCUAGGAGAGGGAGCCAAGUGGCGCCGCUCGUAUGGUCAGGAGAUCUAUUCUCCACUUCUUUUGGCCUUCACUGAGCAGGAUGGACAACAAGGGCCAAACUUUGAAGUGUCGACAUUUUCAGGAAUGGAUUCCACCUACACUCUCCCUGAUAAUGUAGCAUUGCUGACCCUCCAGGAGCUGGAAGAUGGAAAAGUUCUUCUGCGUUUGGCACACUUAUACGAGAUUGGAGAGGACAAGGAUCUCUCGGUUAUGACAAGUGUCGAGUUGAAGAAGCUUUUUGCAAAGAGGAAGAUAACGGAUGUCUCCGAAAUGAGCUUAUCUGCUAACCAAGGAAGGGAUGAAAUGGAAAAGAAAAGAUUGGUGUGGAAGGCAGAAGGCUCCAAGAAUGAUAAACCAACAGCCCUGAGGGGUGGGCCUGUUGAUCCUCAAAAGCUGGUUGUGGAACUUGCCCCUAUGGAAAUACGAACCUUCGUCCUCACUCUAGUUCCAAAUGCUCUAAAAGGGAAGAUUUCUCGGACUCGAAGAUUGGUCGGCUCGGAUAUUUCGCUACAAUAAUCGGGUUUGCGAAGCAACCUAGUGGUACUUGCUUAGAUUUUAGGAAUACAGCUUGCUCCUUGUAAGCUGGUAUCUAUGUUUUUUCUGGUGUUUUAGGACUAUUUAAAUUAAAAUAAAUCCAUCUGUUAGAGAUGUUAGCUUAUGUUCUAUCCCAAAAUAAAUCAAGUUUAAUAGUUUUUGGUGCAAAUUAUUUUCCAA